GGACCUUCCUUUGCACUUUCCUCAGGCAACAUUUCAUAUCAAUUUCAUGUUGAUCCAUUAACCUUGGAUCUCAUUCAUGAUCAUUGGGGUGCAUAUGCUGCUGAGACUGUUCCCGACUUUAACGGUGCAACAAAUGGCUGGGGUGGUCCUUACACAUAUCGUCGAAGAGAAUUCCCGGACCUAGGUCGCGGCGAUUUCCGUGUCCCUGCUAUACACAUUGAACAUGCUGAUGGGAGCACCGUGUCCGCCUUCUCUUAUACCGGAUACGACAUCGUUUCUGGAAAACCAUCGCUGCCCGGGCUUCCGGCGACCUUCGGUGAUGAUGGCGAUGUUUCCACGCUCACAGUCCACUUGUACGACGACUAUUCUGCCAUUGCUGCAGACCUGCACUACUCUAUCUUUCCUCAAUAUGGAGCAAUUGCGCGAAGCUUUCAAGUGACAAACAAGGGAAAUCAGUCUGUAAGGAUCUUACGCGCCAGUAGCUGGAGCGUUGACAUGCCAAACGAGGAGCUCGAGAUGAUUGAUCUUCAAGGCGACUGGGCCUGGGAAAACCAUAUCAAUCGGCGGCCUGUCGUAUAUGGCGAGCAGGGAUUCCGUUCCUCAGCUGGGUAUUCCUCUCAUUUUCACAACCCGUUCUUCGCUCUGGCCCCACCUACCACCACCGAAUCAUUAGGCCCGGCAACUGGCUAUUCUCUCAUCUACACUGGCUCCUUCUCAGCUGAUGUGGAGCGUUGGUCUACGGGCUGGGUCAGAGUCCUGAUGGGUCUCAAUCCAUUGCAUCUCUCAUGGCCACUUGGCCCCGGAGAGACAUUCACUUCCCCUGAGGUCGUUUCCGUAUACUCUGAGCAGGGACUGGGUGGCAUGUCACGCUCGUUUCAUUCAUUGUAUAAAAACCACUUGUCGCGGUCCAAUCUCACCUUCGAAACCCGACCACCAUUGCUCAAUUCUUGGGAAGGCCUAGGCUUCAACAUCAACGACUCCGCUGUGGUCAAGCUUGCUACGGAGGCUGCCGGACUUGGCUGCACUCUUCUUGUUAUGGACGAUGGCUGGUUCGGUACGGAUUAUCCACGGAACAACGACAGCCUGGGUCUUGGUGACUGGACGCCAAACCCUGCGAAAUUCCCCGAUGGUUUAGGUCCAUUCGUUGAUGACGUGGUCAACAUCACUGUGGACUCAACAUCAUCAGAUGGAACAAGCCAGUCCACCAAGAUGAAAUUUGGAAUUUGGGUUGAACCUGAAAUGGUCAAUCCGGAUUCUGACCUCUACCUUGAGCACCCGGACUGGGUCAUGUCAGCCGAUGGCCGCAACCGAACACUCGUUCGGAAUCAGUUGGUCUUGAAUGUAGGUUUGCCCGAGGUUCAAGAUUAUAUAAUCAGUGUGGUGGAGAAAGUCCUCGACUCUGCGCCCAUAUCCUAUGUAAAGUGGGAUAACAACCGCGGCAUGCACGAAAUGCCGUCCCCCUCAGCUGAUCACGCUUAUAUACUCGGUCUCUACCGCGUGAUCGACAAUCUUACCACGGCACACCCAGAGAUCUUGUGGGAAGGAUGCGCUUCAGGUGGCGGACGUUUCGACCCUGGUCUAUACCAUUACUGGCCGCAGUCGUGGACCAGUGAUGACACUGAUGGUCUCGAACGUCUCUAUAUCCAGUUCGGUACCUCGUAUCCAUACCCGCCUUCCGCCAUGGGUUGCCAUGUCAGCAAUGUGCCAAAUGGACAGACUGGCCGCACAACACCAUUUGAGUUCCGCGCUGCCGUGGCCUCGAUGUGUGGAUCUUUCGGGUUUGAGCUCAACCCAGUCGAGCUCAGUGCGGAAGAGACCGAAGCCAUACCGGGCAUCAUUGAACGACAGCAGAAAAUCAACCCUAUCGUGAUCAAUGGUGACUUCUACCGACUAGCACUCCCAGAUCUGUCGAACUGGCCUGCAGCCAUGUUCGCAUAUCCGGAUGCCAGCUCAGCAGUCCUCUUUUCAUUCCAGAUCCGCUCGGGGCUGAAACCUCUUCCUGGCCCGCUGAAGUUGAAGGGUUUGGACCCUACGGCCAAGUACACGGUGGGUAAUGGAACGACGAGCGAGACAUGGUCUGGGUCGACGCUUAUGAAUCACGGUCUGAGUCUCAGCUGGGAACGUGCCGAUUAUGACUCCAUCAUCUUGUUCAUUGAUAAGCAGUGA